GUCAGUGGCAACUCGCUGAUAUCAACCUCCUCCUCUUCCUCUUUAACGUAGGGGGCCGGUGGCUCCUCCUCUUCCUCUUUACUGUGGGAUGGCUGUGGACGCUUCCGCUCCAAACAGGACAUCCUCCACUGCGGCUGAAGUGGAACUUCUUCUUGGCGAAAAGCUGAUUGCUGCACGUCUGCAGGACACGUGAAACACGAAGAAAUCAAAUAUUAUAUAUAGAUUUUUUUAAUAUACUGGGUGUCCCAAAACAGACCGCGUCACGUGACGUCCAGUUCUUUCUCUUAUUGGUUGCAAAAUCAAGAUGGUUGCAGUUCGGUUUGUUUUGCGAUGUCGUCAAGCGAUUGCUGUGGGGAAAGUAAUCUUAUUAUAUCGUAAAUAAAUUCUAAAUAUCAUAAUAUUUUACCAAUUUUGUGCGUGUUGGAUCUCGCGUCGACAGAGAGCACACCUCCGAUGUGUAGCUCUGUAUGAGUGUUGCAAACAGCGUCCAGAUGUCGUCGCUCGGUCUCCUCUCUCGCUCGACAAGGUUGCGCCAGGGCCGAUGCCAUCUCGCUUUUGUUGAUGUUGAUAAUAAUAUUCAAAUAUUGCAGUUAGUUACACUCCAUCCAAAUCUCUCGACAGUGGGCUGUUUUCUCUUUGCGACCAAAAGUACACAGCGUCAACGUCUCCCGUCGUGCGACGGACCAACUUCCGCCCUUUUCUUCUUCGAUGGAGCUUUUACGGCAGCUUAACGUCUCAAUUGGCCGUAAAAUGUACGCAUGCGCAGUAUGGUUUGUUGACAGAAUCCUUCCGUAUACGUUUUGGCUAACCACCACUUGAGUGACGAGUGAAAUCGAGUAGGGGGGAAAAGACAUAACAAUGUUGAAAGAGUUGGUGAGGGAGCGACUAAUUGCGGCCGCCGACGAAAUCUUCGGACUGUUUGAAAGAACGAUAUUAUCUUACCAGGAGCAACUUUGUCGAGCGAGGGAGGAGACCGAGCGCCACCGAUUGCAACUCGAAGUCAUACACGGGGAAGAGCGCUCCCACGUUAAAGAGGAAGAGGAAGAGGAGGAGGUGGACGUCAGAGAUUUGCCACUGAAUGUCGUAGUGAAGAGUGAAGACGAUGAAGAUGAACCAACCAAGUCAUCACAGCUUCAUCAUCACAGCCCAAGUGGAGACCACCAUGAAGAACCACCAGUAGACAACCUCUUAGCUCCGCUGUCACAUAGUAAUGACACGGGAGAACUUUUGACGAGUGAUGCAGAUUGCGCAGGUGACUUGGAAUGCUCUGAAAAACCGACCACUGUCAUCGGUUCAAAACGUUUCAGCUGUUCAUUUUGUGGUGAACGAUUUGCACGAAAAUCAAAUAUGAUGACGCACAUGAGAACACACACGGGGGAAAAACCCUUUUGCUGCUCAGUCUGUGGUGAUGCGUUUGCACGAAAGGUCUCUUUGAUUGCACACACAGCAAUGCACACGGGAGAGAAACCUUUCAAUUGCUUAACUUGUGGUGAAAGCUUUUCCUAUAAGCAGACUUUGAAUGCACACAUGCAGAGGCACACAGGAGAAAAACCUUUUAGUUGCCCAGUUUGUGACGAGAGCUUCGCCCGAAAAGAAAAUAUGAUUACACACAUGAGAAGACACACGGGAGAAAAACCCUUUUGUUGUUCAAUUUGCAAUGAAAGAUUCACUCAAAAAGCAACACUGGUAGCACACGUGAGAACACACACGGGAGAAAAACCCUUCACUUGCUCCGUGUGCGGCGAAAGAUUCACUCAAAAGUCAACACUGUUGGCACACAUGAGAAAACAUACAGGAGAAAAAGCUUUCACAUGCUCAGUUUGUGGCAAAAGCUUUUCUCAUAAGCACAAUAUGACGGCACACAUGAGGACCCACCAACAUGGCGACCUAGUGGUUAGCACGUCUGGCUCCCGAUUCUCAGGUUCAGGGUUUGAAUCCUGAUUCCGGCCUGUCUAAGAGUAUGCAUCUUCUCCCUGUGAUUGCCUUGGUUUUCUCCCGGUAAUCCAGCUUCCUCGCACAUUGAGAAAACAUCAGGAAGCGUGAUAAAAAACAACAUGCAGGCCCAUGAGAGAAUUUUCCUGUUAGGAAAAAAGUAUAUAUAUGAUACAACAAUUAAGCAAAUACUUUUUUUUUUUUUUUUUUUUUUUUUUUUUUACAUUUCCUUCCUGUUAACUUGUUUUCUUUGGUUGACUUGCGACAACUGCUGGUUUAGGAGUGGAAUUUCUUUGUAUGGUUCUUCACGCUUCUGACCAUUGGUUAUAGGAACAACUUGUACAAUUGUCAACAUGUCAUAUUUCUUCCUUGUCGCUGACAUCAAAGGAGACAUGCAGUGGUGCCUUGAGAUUCAAGUUUAAUUUGUUCCAUGAUUGACUAUGCUCAUAACUCAAAACACUUGUAUCUCAAAUGAUGUUUCGCCAUUUAAAUAAAUGCCUUUAAUCUAUUCCAGCUUC